AUGGUCCGGGACUGUGCCCUGACCCGCUUUUUUCCCACCAUGUUUUUUCAAAGUCCCCACUUCCUACCUCAGCCCUACAAGGAGUUUCCCUCGCUGGAACAACCAGGAAGCAGGAGGAUCAGACUGGUGAAUGGGGCAGGUCACUGUGCUGGGAGAGUGGAGGUUUAUUACCAGGGCAUCUGGGGGACUGUCUGUGAUGAUUCCUGGGACUUGUCUGAUGCCAGCGUAGUUUGCAAACAACUGAGAUGUGGACACGCCAUUGAGGCAUCUGCCUCUGCUCACUAUGGGGAAGUGAAGCAGGAGAUCAGACUGGUGAAUGGGGCAGGUCGCUGUGCUGGGAGAGUGGAGGUUUAUUACCAGGGCACCUGGGGGACUGUUUGUGAUGAUUCCUGGGACUUGUCUGAUGCCAGCGUAGUUUGCAAACAACUGAGAUGUGGACACGCCAUUGAGGCAUCUGCCUCUGCUCACUAUGGGGAAGGCUCAGGGCAGAUCUGGCUGGAUGAUGUGAAAUGCGCUGGGAAUGAGUCUGAGCUCUGGGCAUGUCCUUCCAGGAGCUGGGGCCAACACAACUGCCGACACAAAGAGGAUGCAGGAGUGCUCUGUUCAGAGUUUAUGGAUCUGAGGCUGGUGAAUGGUGGUGACUGUGCUGGACGGUUGGAGGUUUUCUACAAUGGGACCUGGGGGAGUGUUUGCUCCAAUCUAAUGACUGAUAUCACCAUUGAAAUUAUAUGCAAGCAGCUGAGCUGUGGAGUUGGAGGGGCAUUUGCAAGAGAGUUUGCAUAUGGAGAAGGUUCUGGUACCACAUGGCUGGACCACAUUGAGUGUCAUCAUGAGCAUCACAGUUCCCUUUGGCAGUGCCCAUCAGAGCCGUGGGAUCUUCAGUCAUGUGACUGGAUGGAAGAGACCCACAUUGCUUGCAGUGGUAACUCUAAAACAAUCUUUAAACAUAUGCACACACCCAGAUGA